GAGAAGCAUAGUACUAGAAAAGACUCCACUCACAGAAACGACGGCAGCGGCUGAAGCAACAGCAGCAGCCACUAAGUAACGUGAUUACAGCUCUAUUAGCUCUGCUAGAGAGACAGACCUAGAUACGGAGUGGCUAAUUCGGUGGAGAGAAGAGGAAUACUAUAUAUGAAAGGUCUGCUUGCGAUCAUCUAUGGAACACAGAAGCGAUGCGGCGGCUGAUUCCCAGGUAACUGACCUGCGUAAAGAAGUUACGCAUUGUCAGUUCAAUUGUCGGGCACGAAAAGGGACUCAGCACAAUGCUUGAGAUGAAUUGACAGGCAGUCAAAUUCAACCUAAACUGCUCUCAGUUGACCAACAUGCACUGGAGCGAAAAAUACACAAAUACCACUGACAAAUACCAGUGCCAAACCAUCCCCUUUAAGUCUUCUAUCUGCAAUCCACACUGUUUAGCGGACAGACUUUGUUGACCUCACAUGAUUGGAUCCCUAAGGAUCUAAGAGGACCAAUGAUGGGCUGGGACAACAUGACGAAGAUGACCAAUGAGACUGUCCUUGGCGGGCCGCCCUACAGCCUCCAGAUCUCGUUGCCCCUAACGAUCCUUGUCGGGAUGCUCAUCCUAUUGACCAUUUUCGGCAAUGUCUUAGUUGUCAUUGCCGUGUUUACAAGUCGGGCCCUCAAGGCCCCUCAGAACCUCUUCCUUGUUUCCUUGGCGUCGGCUGACAUUUUGGUCGCCACGCUUGUCAUGCCCUUCUCUUUGGCCAAUGAACUCAUGGGCUACUGGUACUUCGGUAAAGUCUGGUGCGAGAUAUACUUAGCCUUGGACGUCCUUUUUUGCACGGCGUCCAUAGCACACCUUUGCGCCAUUAGCCUGGACCGGUAUUGGUCCAUAACCCAGGCUAUCGAGUAUAACCUGAAACGGACGCCACGCAGAAUCAAGUGCAUUGUUGUCAUCGUGUGGGUCAUCGCCGCGGUGAUCUCCUUCCCGCCACUCAUCUCCAUGGAGAAGGAGCGGGACAAAGAGGAAGGGCCGGUGUGCAAGAUCAACGAGGACAGGUGGUACAUCAUCUCUUCCUGCAUUGGCUCUUUCUUUGUCCCCUGUUUCAUCAUGGUCCUCGUUUACAUCCGGAUUUAUCAGAUCGCCAAGAAACGGACACGAGCACCGCCAGGUGACCGCAAACCCAAAACGGCCGCUUCGGUGUCACCGGCAGCCAGCAAGAAGGAGAAUGGGGCCGGGGGUGACCAGCAAGCUUGCGUCGAGGAGCUGAAAGGAGAGGAACGACGAAGGGAGGAGGACGAACAGGGAGAAGAGCCACGAGACGGGGACGGGGAUGAACACCAAAGAGAGGAAGGAGAGAGAGAGGGACAUGAAGACCGGGGGGAGGAAGAGAAAGGAGAGCUAAACGGCGUGGACCUGGAUGAUUCCUCGUCUUCCGAUCACAGGGUCAACAACCCCUGUUCCAUCAAGAAGAAGAAACACAAGGCGAAAACCAAACUGAGCCAGGUCAAACCAGGAGCGGACCACCCGGCACUGGUGCCCCAACUGGUGGGCCGACAGAGCCCCAAGGGGAGUCGAUGGAAGGGGAGGCAGAACCGGGAGAAGAGGUUCACCUUCGUCCUUGCUGUUGUCAUUGGGGUUUUUGUCAUAUGCUGGUUCCCUUUCUUUUUCACAUACACCCUGAUGGCGCUUUGUGGCUCGUGUCACGUGCCGGACACACUGUUCAAGUUCUUCUUCUGGUUCGGCUACUGUAACAGUUCGGUGAACCCGAUCAUCUACACCAUAUUCAACAAUGACUUCCGGCGGUCUUUUAAAAAGAUCCUGUGCAGGGAUAAAAGACGAAUGGUAUGAUUGGAAUUUCUUUGUGCUGUUCAUCAUUUGUACGUUGUUUUUUUUUUAUUUUUUACAAAUUGUGCAUGGCUGAAUCCUUGGCUUUAAAAAACAAUGUACUUACCUGUGACAAAGUAUCCUAACGUCUUGUGUUGCAAAAGCAUCCGGGGGGAAAGGCUUGAACCUACUACAGUACAUGCAGUUAAAGUAUUGAAGUGUUGUUUUUCAAAAGGUUGGCUGGACCACAGCUCGAAAAACAGACCCCUGUGUGUAAAGACUUAAAAAUAAAAAAGGCCAACCAUUCCGGCAAUAUAGUAUUCUACCAUUAUAUGUUGAUGUUGACAUCAUGCCGUCUCCCUGUCAGCCACCUGUGUGAUUUUUCCGUUGUUUCUGAAUCUGAUGCACACUGCCAUUUUAUAUGAGCACGCUACAACAGAGAUUUGGGUCACAGUGGUCAUGUUCAGAAUAAACAUAUC